ACGGCUCCGGACUACAUUUCCCACAGGCCGCUGCUAUCCGGCCAAUGUAGCCUGAGACUACAUUUCUCAGCGGCCGCUGGAACGACCUCAACCUCUGCCACCUCGCCAGUUCAUUGUGGUCGUUGACCCAGCAGCGAGCUUUGGAGUUCAGCGAGGGAGAAGUCAGCGCCCGGCUCCGAGGUUGGAGCAGCCCCGCCAGGCAACUUGAAUUUCUGCAAACGAACACAGCACCGGGAACUCUGCAGACUCGGGUCGGCGCGGAACCCGGACUGAGACAUGCGUGAGCGUUGGGUGGACCGGGCGAGGAUCCUGGGCCCUGUUUGAACUUCUCAGAUAGAGGAACCCCAGUGAAGACUGAUCAGUUCUUACAGUUCUCAAAGCAUGGCGCACUUUCAGGGAUCAGUGACAUUUGAGGAUGUGGCCAUAGCCUUCUCCCAGCAGGAGUGGGAGCGUCUGGACUCUUCCCAGAGGGGCUUGUACAGAGAUGUCAUGUUGGAGAACUACAGAAACUUGGUGUCAAUGGGACAUUCCCUUUCUAAACCACAUGUGAUCGCCUUAUUGGAACAAUGGAAAGAGCCUGAAGUGACAGUGAGGAAAGAUGGAAGAAGAUGGUGCACAGAUUUGCAGUUGGAAGAUGAUACAAUUGGCCGUAAAGAAAUGCCCACCUCUGAAAACUGUCCAUCUUUUGCUCUACAUCAGAAAAUAAGUAGACAGAAACCAUGUGAAUGUCAGGAAUAUGGAAAGACUCUUUGUCAAGACUCAAAGCCUGUUCAACAUGAAGGAAUACAUAGUAGUGAAAAACCCAACAGAUGUAAAGAAUGUGGGAAGAACUUUAGUAAUGGACAUCAACUCACCAUACAUCAGAGAUUGCAUGUUGGUGAGAAACCCUAUAAAUGUGAGAAAUGUGGUAAGGCCUUUAUCAGUGGCUCAGCCUUUGUUAAGCAUGGGAGAAUUCGCACUGGUGAGAAGCCACUCAAAUGUAAGCAAUGUGGAAAGACUAUUAGCAGUAGCUAUCAACUUACAGUGCAUAAGAGUAUUCAUACCGGGAAGAAACCAUAUGAGUGCGGGGAAUGUGGGAAAGCUUUUCUAGUAUAUGGAAAGCUUACCCGGCAUCAGAGUACUCACACUGGUGAAAAACCCUUUGGGUGUGAGGAGUGUGGGAAGGCCUUCAGUACCUUUUCGUACCUGGUUCAACAUCAGCGAAUUCAUACUGGUGAAAAACCCUAUGAAUGCAAAGAAUGUGGGAAGGCCUUUAGCACUAGCUCACCCCUUGCUAAGCAUCAGAGAAUUCAUACUGGCGAGAAACCCUAUGAAUGUAAGGAGUGUGGGAAGGCCUUCACUGUGUAUGGACAGCUUACUUGACAUCAGAGUAUUCAUACUGGUGAGAAACCUUUUGAAUGUAAGGAAUGUGGAAAGGCCUUUAGACUUAGUUCCUUCCUUCAUGCACAUCAGCGAAUUCACGCAGGGAUAAAGCCCUACGGAUGCAAGGAAUGUGGGAAAACCUUCAGUCGUGCCUCAUAUCUUGUUCAACAUGGAAGACUUCACACUGGCGAGAAGCCCUAUGAAUGUAAGGAGUGUGGCAAGGCCUUUAGUACUGGCUCAUACCUUGUUCAGCAUCAGAGGAUUCAUACUGGGGAGAAACCCUAUGAAUGUAAGGAAUGUGGCAAAGCCUUUAUUAGUCGCCAUCAGCUUACCGUACAUCAAAGGGUUCAUACUGGAGAGAAACCCUACGAGUGUAAGGAAUGUGGCAAGGCCUUCAGAGUGCACGUACAUCUCACACAGCAUCGGAAAAUUCAUACUGAUAUAAAGCCCUAUGAAUGUAAGGAAUGUGGAAAGAAUUUUAGUCAAGCCUCGUGCCUUGUACGACAUGGCAGAAUCCAUACUGGUAAGAAGCCCUAUGAGUGUAAGGGGUGUGGCAGGGCCUUCAGUUCUGGCUCAUACCUUGUUCAGCAUCAAAGAAUUCAUACUGGGGAGAAACCCUAUGAAUGUAACAAAUGUGGGAAAGCCUUUACUGUUUAUGGACAACUUAUUGGACAUCAGAGUGUUCACACUGGUGAGAAACCUUUUGAAUGUAAGGAAUGUGGGAAGGCCUUUAGACUUAAUUCAUUCCUUACUGAACAUCAGCGGGUACACACUGGUGAGAAACCCUUUAAAUGUAAAAAAUGUGGGAAGACCUUUAGAUACAGUUCAGCCCUUAAAGUGCAUCUGAGAAAGCAUAUGAGUGUUAUACCCUAAGAGUCUGAGGAAUGUGGGAAGUGCUUUGUGUAUGGCUCAAACGUUGUUGAACAUCAGGGAAUUUAUGCUGGUAGGAAACUUUCAAAUGUGAAGAAUAUUGGCAGGUCUAUUCUCAUCUUUCUUAUAAGAUAAUUCAUAAUAUAAUUCAGAAAACAUAAGAAUCUUCGUUUGUCAUUUCUAGGUUUGUAAUACCGAUAUUUAUACUGGUGGACCAUUCAGAAAAAGUGGGAAACAUUAUUACUUAAUGGUUACAGCAUUGACAGCAUGAGAUUUUAUAUGAUGUAUUUAUUCUAAUGUGAUUGUAUAACAAGUGAAUAAAAAACCUUGUACCUCCUAAA